AAACAAUAACCUUUCACAUCUCCCAUCUGACAUUUUUUCCCAAACUUAAUAAGUUAAAAAAGCUGUAUUUGGACACAAAACUCCAUCACAGAACUUCCUGAAGGGCUUUUGAAGAAUUUUGACAAAUUUAACUCUCUUGAAACUGGACUCUAACAUGAUCUCCAGUCUUCCUAGUAAUUUAUUUGAAUUUACUUCAAACCUCAUUGAACUUUCUUUGACUCAAAACAAACUUCUCGCUCUUCCUGAUAAUGUAUUCAGUAAACUGUCUAAACUGCCUAAACUAAAACUGAGCAAGAACCAGAUCACUGUUAUUGGAAAGAAAGCUUUCAGUGGCCUUAAACAACUGAGUGACCUUCAGCUCCAAGAAAACAAUAUUAGUGCUUUGGACAGUGACAUUUUUAAAGAUUUAUCCAAGUUGAAAAAGCUGAAUCUUGCCAAUAAUCAGUUGUCUAAUAUACCUAAUGGAACCUUUGAUAAUUUGCGAUCUCUAUCUUCCAAUGGACUCGAUCUGCAGAAUAAUCCGUUUGUUUGUGACUGUCAAUUAAUAUACCUCAGAAAUUGGAUAAAGGCAAAUGUAAAGAAAGUAAAAUUAUCCAAUAAAUUGCUAUGUCACAGCCCUGGUGAUAGAGCUGGAUCGAGCAUUCUAUCUUUAAAAGAGGAAGAAUUUAUCUGUGUAACCACAACAUCACAAACGACCAUUCGACAAAUUUCAACUUUGAUAACUACAUUAUCGACUGCCAUUAGUACAUUUACAACAGAAUUAACAACAAGAACUACAGCGAGAAUGAGAACAGGAAGCAAUUUGAAAAGUACAACAGAGUUAACAACAGAACAGACCACCACACCAGAAAUUUCAACGCCUGUUGUGACUACAGUAUUAUCUACUCCCAGUACAGAGUUAACAACGGAACAGAGCACCACACCAGAAAUUUCAACGCCUGUUGUGACUACGGUAUUAUCUACUCCCAGUACAACAGAGUUAACAACGGAACAGAGCACCACACCAGAAAUUUCAACGCCUGUUGUGACUACAGUAUUAUCUACUCCCAGUACAACAGAGUUAACAACGGAACAGACCACCACAUCAGAAAUUUCAAUGCCUGUUGUGACUACAGUAUUAUCUACUCCCAGUAUAACAGAGUUAACAAUGGAACAGACCACCACACCAGAAAUUUCAACGCCUGUUGUGACUACAGUAUUAUCUACUCCCAGUACAACAGAGUUAACAACGGAACAGAGCACCACACCAGAAAUUUCAACGCCUGUUGUGACUACAGUAUUAUCUACUCCCAGUACAACAGAAUUAGCAAUGGAACAGACCACCACACCAGAAAUUUCAACUACUACUAAAGGAAUGAGUGUAGCCACAACCAAAAUUUCUACAACUCACAGUAUGACAACAAAGAAAGCAUCACAUUUUGCAUCUCACAUACACUGGACAUCCAAAAUGACUUGGAUGACACCUUUGGCUAGAAAAAACAGAGGAAGUGGUAUCCCAUACCAGCACAAAUGUAAAUAUAAUGCCCUACAUAUUAUUUCCACAAGUGACUUUUGAUUCAGUAAUUUUUACUCAAUAUACUUCAAGAACACCAACUGAAAAGACCCCUAUUCCAGAAUUCUUUUCAACCUCUGCCCAAACAUCAAGUGCAAAAAAUGUAAUCCCACCACUUUCUCAAAGAGAAACAUUGACUUCACGUGAAAAGGAAAACUGUAUGUUAUUUGCAAUAUCUUCUCUGAUACUUCUACUCUUGCAAAUAAUCUUCACAACCACUCUACUGUGGUAUGUAUGGAGCCUUUAUAAAUCAUUUUUUUUACGGAAAGAAAAAGCAGACUUUGAUUAAACUAAUUAAAUUUACAAGAAGAUAACAAAUAAUAUUGAUAAGAGAGUAAAUAAUUACAUACCCUUUAAAAUUCUACUUAAUAGUAGUAGUACAUAAUAUUUGAUGCAAAACACUGGGUGAUAUUUAGCCAGAUUGGAUUUGGCCUGCUUUUUUGUGAACAGGACAAUUUUCCACAGGCUUGAGCAUAUGCCAGUGUUGUAACUGCACUGCCACCCACGCCACUAAAAGUUGUGGACCGGGGGUCUUUCUGUAUUCCAGCUGGAAUGUUGUCUAGUCCCAAAGUAUCCAGUGCUCUCAGCCUUAAAGGUAUAUGAAUAACUAAAAAUAAAAGAUAUAAUUAAUACUAAUGUAACUAAGAAUGUUUUUACAAAUUGGACAAAUGACAAAUCUACUAAACCAGAGGUCAGGAACUGACUUGUUAAGGGAAAUGCAAAUAUGCGCCUCUGUUUGGAACAUGAAAGUCCUUGCUGAGCAAAAACCUGAAGCUAAGAAAUAAGGGGGCAAUCUGCUACAUCUAAAUGUCAGUGCUCCAUUUACUUGGUGGGACCUGGAGGUUUGCAGUGUUUCACACCAGAUCACAGAAUGAUCAAUUGAAUCAGGAAAUUUUCUUGUAAAUUAAUUCUGUGCCAUCAUAUUCUUAACACUAAAGUCAAUAUCAAUUCUCAGUCUUUUCUUGUUUAUAUGGCAGACCUUAGUCUAGUUCCACUCCUUUCAGUUUCUUUUUCCAGCUUCUGUCGUGGAAAGCUGAUCCUAGAAAAAGGGAAAAUAUGAUAGAUGCUAAAUUUAACACGAUAAUAUCCAUCAAUCCAGAUGCAGGAAAGGAAGGUGAAUAUACCCAGAGCAGAGAACCAGAUGGAAUGGAUAGCUGCCAUUCAUCAUUUCAAUGUUGUAGAAGCAAACAGCAAUAUGGAGACACAAGUGGAAAUCUCAGUGAAUUUCUCAGUGGAAGGUCCUACGCUAGCUUGUAAGGGCAGGGCUAUUGAACUUCUGGAAAUAUUGACUACUUUAUCAAUUUCAAUACAAUCUACUCAGCAUACUAACCCUUUACAUACCAUAUGUUUUUUAAUCUGUUAAACUGGAUAAGACUAUUAAUUUUAUUUCAUGGAAUGUUAACAACUUAAACAAUUUGCUUAAGCAUAAGAAGAUCUUUAAAUUUUUUCAUAGAUUAAAUGUUCAGGUCAUUUUUGUUCAGGAGACUCACACCAGGAAGAAAGAUAAUCAACGUUUUUUUUCAGAUUUUGGAGGUGUCAACAGUUCCAUUCAAAUUCACAAGCAAAGGUGAAAGGAAUUUCUAUUUUUAUAGACUCCUCAAUUUCGUUUGUCUAUCAUGAGACAACAUCAGACCCAAAUGGUAGAUUUUUAUUGAUUACUGGUCUACUUCAUAAUAAAAAAGUUGUUAUGGUUAAUGUUUAUGCACCCAAUGUAGAUCACCCUGAAUUUUUUAAACACUUGUUUGCAUUAUUUCCUAAUUUAAAUGAAUACACUGUGAUUAUGGGUGGAGAUUUUAACUGCUGUUUAAACCCGAUGGAUAGAUCUGUGUCAAAUCCUACACUUCCAAACAAAUCCGCUGUCUUUAUUAAUUCCUUUUUAGUUGAAUCCAGAAUCUUAGAUGUUUGGAGAUUUCUACACCCAGUUGAUAAAGAAUUUUCAUUCUUUACUCAUGUCUACCAUAAUUACUCGAGGAUUGAUUUUUUUUUAUUGAUGCUAGAUUAGCUCCACUUACUACGGACUGCAAAUACAAUGCAAUUGCCAUUUCUGAUCAUGCACCAUUGAGAUUAUCAAUUAAAUUACCAGAUGUAUCCUUUGAUGUCAGACAAUGGCGAUUUAACCCUUCGCUAUUACAAGACUUAGAUUUCAUCUAAUUUAUUAAAGAACAGACUUCAUUUUUCUUUUUAACUAAUUUUACUGAAGAAAUCUUCAGUGGGAUAAUAUGGAAUACAUUUAAAGCAUAUAUCCGUGGUCAAAUUAUUUCAUAUUCCGCUGGAUUGAAAAAACGAACUAAUAAUGAAAUAUGUACAUUAGCUGACAAGAUUAAAGAAAUCGAUAAAAUAUAUUCUGUUACUCCUAAUCUGGAGCUUUUUAAAGGAGAACAGAACUACAACUACAACAUAGUUUAUUAUUAACAUCUUCAAUUGAAAAUCUACUACUUAAAAACAAAAGUCAAUUUUAUAUACAUGGUGACAAAUCUGGUAAAUUAUUGGCCAACCAAUUGAAAGCUACUAUAUCUAAACGUCAGAUCAAUAGAAUUCGUAAGCCAGAUGGUACCUACACAAUAGAUCAAGUUCAAAUUAACAAAUCCUUUCAAGAAUUUUAUUCUUCUUUAUACCAAUCAGAAUCCCGAGGAUCCUACUUUAAUACAUGAAUUUUUAAGAGAUUCGAAGAUUCCCCAAUUAUCUUUAAAUGAACGUUCUACAUUAGAUGCUCCCAUUUUGGAGGAAGAAAUAAAGAAAGUAAUAUUUUCAAUGAAUUCGGGUAAAGCACCCGGCCCUGACAGAUAUACAGCUGAAUUUUUUAAAUCCUUUUCUGAUAUUCUUGUUCCCUGGUUAGGCAAAAUUUUUAAAGAUGCCCUAUCAGUGGGUAAACUACCACAAUCUUUCUAUGAAGCAACUAUUUGUUUAAUUCUUAAAAAGGAUAAAGAUCCCACUGAUUGUGCAUCUUAUAGACCUAUUUCUUUAUUAAAUGUAGAUUCCAAAAUAUUUUCCAAAAUAUUGGCCUUUAGAUUGGAAAAGGUUCUUCCACAAAUUAUCUCUGAAGACCAGACAGGAUUUAUUCAGAAUCGUUAUCUACAUUUUAACAUUAGGAGAUUAAUGAAUAUUAUAUAUACCCCUUCAUCCCGAGUUCCAGAAUGUGUUGUUUCACUAGAUGCUGAAAAGGCGUUUGACAGAGUCGAAUGGGAAUAUCUAUUCAGUACACUUCAAAAAUUCAAUUUUAGUCCUAAAUUUAUGAUUUAUUAUGCACCUAUGGCUUCAAUACUUACUAAUAAUCAAAGAUCUCCUUUGUUUAGGCUUUUUCGAGGUACUAGACAAGGCUGCCCGUUAAGCCCUUUAUUAUUUGAUAUUGCUUUAGAACCUUUGGCUAUUGUACUUCGGGAUAUAUGUGUGGUAUUACUCGUGGACAGAAGAUUCAUAAGAUAUCUCUUUACGCAGAUGACCUGUUACUUUAUAUUUCUAAUCCGGACAAAUCUAUCCCCGCAGUACUAUCACUAUUAGAUCAGUUUAGUGUUUCUUCUGGCUAUAGAUUAAAUUUUAAUAAGAAUGAACUUUUUCCAUUAAAUAUGCAAAUCCUAAUUUAUAGCCAAUUACCUUUUAGAUUGGUAACAGACUAUUUUAUGUAUUUAGGUGUUAAAAUUACUAAGAGACACGAGGACUUAUUUAAAGCUAAUCUACUGCCUUUAAUUGACUAUGUUAAACAAUUAUUUACUAAAUGGUCCCCACUGUCUCUCGUUGAUAGGCCAAAUUAAUGCAGCUAAGAUGAAUAUUUUACCAAAAUUUUUAUAUCUAUUUCAAGCGAUUCCAACUUUUGUUCUAAAACCUUUUUUUGUCACUAUUGAUUCUAAGAUUCUUUCAUAUAUUUGGCAGAAUAAAAACCCAAAGCUAAGUAAGAAAUAUUUACAAAAACUAAAAAAGGAUGGUGGUAUGGCCUUGCCUAAUUUUAGAUUAUAUUAUUGGGCAAUCAAUAUUAGAUAUUUAAUUUUUUGGAUACAAGAUCCAGAUGUAAUUCAACGCCCCAAAUGGGUACACCUUGAGUCCCAAUCAGUACUUGAAUUUUCAUUAGUUUCUAUUUUAGGAGCUCCACUCCCUUUUGCACUUACCAAAUUAAGUAAACGUAUGACUAACCCAAUUUUAAAUACACAACACGAAUAUGGUUUCAAUUUCGUAAAUUUUUUGGAUUGAAUAAAUUUAAUCUAUCAAGUCCCAUUCAAUCUAAUUUUUUCUUUCAUCCAUCCAGAGCUGACUCAGCUUUUUCCAUAUGGAAAAGGAAGGGAAUAGUAUGUUUUUGUGAUUUAUUCAUUGAUAACUGUUUUUCAUCUUUUGAACAAUUGUCUAACAAAUACAAUUUGCCUAGAUCACACUUUUUUUGAUAUUUGCAAAUUAGAAAUUUUUUUAAAGCUACUAUACCCUCUUUUCCCAAACCAUACAAAACUGAAAUUAUGGAAAAAAGUUUUGGUUUUAAUCCCUGUCAGAAGGGCUUGAUAGCAAUAAUUUAUGAUUUAAUUAUGAAAAUUCAUUCAGAACCACUGGACAAAAUUAAGAGUGAAUGGGAGAGCGUACUCCAGACAUCUUUACCUACAGAGACUUGGAAGAAAAUUCUUCAUUUAGUUAAUACAUCUUCAAUGUGUGCCAGACAUUCUUUGAUACAGUUUAAAGUAGUUCACAGGACCCUUAUGUCAAAAGAUAAGCUAGCUCGUUUUUAGCAACAUAUAAAUCCUAUAUGUGACAGAUGUAAAUUGAAUGUGGCUUCUUUGACACAUAUGUUUUGGUCCUGUCCUCUUUUGGAAAAAUCUUGGAAAGAUAUUCUUAACAUUAUUUCAAAUGUAUUGAAGAUUGAUUUACAACCUUAUCCUACCACUGCAAUUUUUGGUUUACCAAGGAUAGAAUCUGGCCAUCUAUCUGCCUCCGCUAACUGUAUGAUUGCCUUUGUUACAUUAAUGGCCAAAUGAUCCAUUUUGCUUAAAUGGAAGGAUCCAAUACCCCCUACUACUUUUCAAUGGUUCUCUCAAACUAUAUCAUGUUUAAACUUGGAAAAAAUUAGGAGUGGUACUGUUGAUCCUUCGCUUAAAUUUGAGGAAGUUUGGAGUCCAUUUAUUCAAUAUUUUCACAUGAUAUAGAUCUCCUUAUAAUAACCUUUCAAUUUAGAGGAACGGAGUUGACGACAUAAUAUUGCUCUGUUUCUAUCGAGAAAUUUUAGUCCAGUUUUUUUUUCUGUUUUUUUAAAAAAAAAUUUCCUUAGCUUAGUUUGGUUUGAUAUAUUGUUUAUAAUUUUUCUUAUUGUUUUGGAGAUUUUUUUCUUUUAUAUUUUAUAAUAAAUCUUUUUCCUUUAUAUUAUAUUCAUUCACUAACAGAUUGUUGGAUCUACAGAUUUUUUUAUACUUUAUUGUUC